UCACGCGCGCCAGUCACGUGAUCUCGUGAGCGCAGGCACGGACACGGCAAUCCGCCACAGUCGCAGCAGCCAUGCUCGCCUUCUUCAACCGCGUCCUCGACUGGAUCCGCUCCCUCUUCUGGAAGGAAGAGAUGGAGCUCACGCUCGUGGGCCUCCAGUACUCGGGGAAGACAACGUUCGUCAAUGUCAUCGCGUCUGGACAGUUCAGUGAAGACAUGAUCCCAACAGUGGGCUUCAACAUGAGGAAGAUCACCAAGGGGAACGUGACCAUCAAGCUUUGGGACAUCGGAGGACAACCUCGCUUCCGCAGCAUGUGGGAGCGCUACUGCCGGGGCGUCAACGCCAUCGUGUACAUGGUGGAUGCAGCGGAUCACGACAAGGUGGAGGCGUCUCGCAACGAGCUGCACAACCUGCUCGACAAACCGCAGCUCAACGGCAUCCCGGUGCUAGUUCUCGGAAAUAAGAAAGACCUGCCCAAUGCCCUGGAUGAAAAGGAGCUGAUUGAAAAGCUGAAUCUGUCUGCCAUUCAGGAUCGUGAAAUCUGCUGCUAUUCCAUCUCCUGCAAGGAGAAGGACAACAUUGACAUCACCCUGCAGUGGCUGAUCCAGCACUCGCGGUCCCGGAGGAACUAGGCGCGACGGGGGCAGCGCCGGCUCCGCCAACGGGGACGGGCGGCCGCGCCGCCGCGGGACGCUCGCGCUCGUACGGAGCACCGGACGCGGUCGCCGUUGGGCGAACGAGCGGCUGGAGUUUUGCAAUGGGUAACGAACGGUCCUCACGACGGAACCUCCACGCGGAUGCGACAACGACACCGACGGCCGCCGCCCGGGCCGCAGCGGUGGGGGGGGGGGGGGGAAGAACACGCGUCCGGCACCGCGCCGGGUGAUGUUCAGUUACAGAAGGCACAGUUUUUCAGGGAGGGGUCGAGAUGUCUCCUGUGCUUAUCAAUGCCUGCCACCCCUCCCCCACCUACCCCCGCUGCCACCCACAGUGGUAUGAUGGUUUGCUCCGCAGUCUGUAAAUCGUGUUGCCACCUACCGUGGCGGUGGAGGCAGCUCGUGAAGGCGCAGGCUCGGCGCUCGCCGUGGAGCGUACCACUUUAAUGGGUUGUUGUUUUUGCGGGGUCACGCUCAGCUUCGCAUUUUGUUUCAAAGUGGCCGUGGGGCUGCACCGCUAGAGCCGUGUGCCACGGCAGCCGCCCGGGAGAGCUUCAAUGUCUCUGCUUCGGCAUUCUAUCUUCCACCAGGAUCCUCUUGAGUUGCAAUCAAGGCAGCGGCUGCUCUCGGUGCAUUAUUUGUGGAAUGACAACAGGCAGCAGAUUCCAGACAUCCAGUGCACCGUUACGCACAAAACACCGUCGACUUGCACCCACGGAAAGCAAUAGCGCUGCUUUCCUCAUUACUCGGACGCGAAUCUUUUCUGUAUUUUCUUAUAAAUGCCGAUUGACCACUUUAGAUAUUUUUGUCACGAGUGAAUGCAGCACGGGUGCGCAACUAUAGAAUAUAUUUGUGGAUUUUCGUGGGUUUUUUGUUAGUUUCUUCAUCUCUCCAUUUCUGUUUGCACCCCUGGAGAGACUUAAACACAGGAUUGCUCCAGCGGCCUGUGUGGGGCUUGGCGCUCCGGUGAACGCAAGCGUGUGAUGUACAUUCAAACGAUACGGGAACUCACGCCGUCUCACUUUAGUCUUUAGCGCCGUGCACACGGGACACGGCGUAGAAUCAAAUAAACCCCGUUCUGACGUCCGAUUGUGAGACACAAGCCGAGCUAAUAAAAACGAAUCGUGGAAAGAGUUUGUGCCAGUCAUAUACUGUAAAUUGAGAUAAGAUCCGGUGUUACGGGGGCUGGGGGCGCGCAGGGGGGGGUGGGAGUUAUAAAAUAGUGAGACAAUAUUGCUUAUUAUGAAUGUGUUUAUCUCCCAUUUGUACAGUAUACAUGUAAUCGCAGCUCACUGAAAAUGUAAUAAAUAAAUAAUACGGGCUGUGCUGGGA